AGAAAGUACAUUUGCUGCUUGCAUGGCAGUUCCUUGUAACUGGUAUGAUUGUCCUCAGGACGGGAAUACACAGUAUGGGUUUGACAGUUGGAGGUCUUAUCCUUACAUUGUUAUGCUUAGGUGUAAAUGGAUCUCAGUCUGUCCAUAACAUUCAGUGGCUUCCUUGUCAGUUUGUUGAUGAGAAGGUUCAAGUAAAUAAUGAGGGCCACCCAGAGACUCAGUACAUCCACAGAGAGGCUUUGCUUCAAUUUGGUAAUGCUGGUGACAGCGCUUUAUACCCUACCAUUACCUUCCUUGUCACAGCCUCUAAGGUGGAUAUGAGGCGUUAUGUGGAAGGAGGAGAGGACAAACUAAAAUGUGAGAUCCGUAGGUACAGCACUGGAGGCAUUGUAAUGCGCUGGCCUACUGUGGGAGCACAAGAGUAUGACGUCUGGUUCACUUGUACUUUACGCCAUACUGAAGGCUCUUUUGUUGUUACCACAUUUCUCAGACACACACCUGCAUCUCCUGCCAAAGGAAAUGUGGACUAUCUGCAAUGGAUAACUGUUAAUGACAGGGAACUCCUGACAACAUCAGCUGCAAUGGUUGUUUAUACACAGACUCCCUCGGUAGAGGUGGGAUUCUUGAAGGAACCGAUUCUGCACUGUCAGUUUGCAGUGGAUCACAAACAGGCUAAUGUUACGGUGGAGUGGAGGUUGCAGCGACACGGGGAGCGCAGCAGGCUCUUUAGCUACUCUAGCCGCACGGGGAAGAGUGAAGGAAGCGGAGUGUCUUUCAAAGCCAUCGGCACUGGAAACGCCUCCUUCAAACUUCCACUCACCAGAAAAAUCAGCGAGGGCACAUACAUCUGCUCUGUCCUUGUUCCUCCCCUCUAUGGCAGCCAUGAUAUUCCUGUUAGCCUAAGUGAACAACCUCGUGUUUCUCUGAAUGUGGGUUCCUCCUUGUCUUUGAUACUCGGUAAGGAGCAGAAGGUUACAUGUGAUGCAGAGGGCUACUAUCCUCUGGAUGUGAACAUCGAGUGGUAUCGAGAACCAGCACGAGGCAGCCCUACGCCUGUGUUCCUGACAAAUAUACUGUACUCCAGUCAUCGGCUUCAUCAAGAUGGCACAUACUCACUCUCAGCCUUCUACCUUCUGCAGCCAGGCCUUGAGGACUCUGGAUAUAUGUACACUUGCAGAGUAUCUCAUAAGUCCUUGCUCACACCCAUCCGCAAGAGCUUUCUGCUUACAGUUACAGAACCUGACUCUACAAUGUGGUAUGUCGCAGUCAUUGGAUUUAUAUUAGUCAUGCUAAUAAUCAUUUUAUGGCUGCUACCUCAGUUCUAUGCAGAACGAAAAGCUGCAAAUAAGAGGUUCUGAGAGCUCAUGCUUUUAAGGAUUUCAUGUACAGCGCAAUAGAAAAGACAACACAUCCAUCCCUCUCCCCUCAUCCCUCCGUCUCCUCCUGCUGCCGCUGCAUUCUCCAAGUUCAGGUUCUCUGCAUGGGAAAAUGGGGAGUGUAAUUCCAGAUCUCAUGUUUUAUGUUCUUGUUUACAGUAGCCGGUAAGGCACUAAAAUUCCCCUGAAUUAAAGAAUUUAAAUGGGCUUUCUGGAUUGUAUCAUUUUUGUGUUUAGCCUUUAUAAAUGAUUAUGCAAAAACAUAACUACAGUUGUAGUGAAAUUGUUUUGUACUUUUGCAAAAAUGAAAAUGUAGUAAAAUGUUUUCUUUGGGUCAUCUAUGGUGAUUUCAAAGCCUAGAAAAGUCAUGGAAAUAGAAAUCAUAAAAAGUCAUGGAAAAGUAAUGGCCAUUUCUAUAGAGAAUAUAUAUUUUAUAGAUUAGAUAAUAAUAUUUUAUAGUCUAGAAAUUGAUCUUUUAUGGUGCAAUCACUAUAGAUAAAUUUUUUAAAUACUUAUACGGUAAUUACUGAAAAAGUAAUCAAUAUUCAUUGAUCAAAGAGUGUGACUUGACAUGACUUGAACUUUUGGCUAAAUGUAAGAUUUUUGUGUAAUUUUUAAUGUAGAAAAAAAUAAAGUCUGUU